CAUUUAUGUCAAUUGCUUGAUUUUACGUACAACCGUUUUCUCCAAGACAGAAUAGAAAGUGAAUGUCGACGAACCCUUCGAGCCGAACACGUGCUGUGUAUGGUACUUCUUUAGUAGAUACCUUAGAUACCUCUAAAAGCAAACGCAUACCUACGAGAAGAGAUUCAACUGCGCCUCUUGUUCACACACCACCGAUCCCGUUAGGACAAGGUGAAGAUCCACUUGAUGCUGGAAUAGCUAGACCUUCAUACCGUAAUGACGCAGUUGGCGUAUCCGGUUCCUAUGCACGUCAUCACGGAGGUCCUUUACGUACCGCUUUACGGCGUAGAAGAAAUAGUGAAAGUUCCUCUUCCAACGAAUCAGAGGAAGAAGAAGAGGAGACUAAUGUUGAACUUAACACCAGUGACGAAGAGCAAAGCGACUUUGAAUCUGAGGAAGAUGAAAGUGACGAUAGUGACUCUCAAAGUAGCGAUAAUGAUGAUAUUACAAUUAACAACCAUUUAACAAGUACCACUGAUGAUAUUAGAAUUAGUGGAUUAAAUGAAAUCCCUCAUGAUACAAAAGACCAACAAAUCUUAAUAUUGGAAGAAGAGGAUGUCCAAAUACAUAUUCAAGGAUACAAGUACAUUAGUACAAAUUUGUUUUUGUAUAGAUUAUUUUCAGUUAUAUCCUUUGGUUUAGUGUGGUUGAUCUGCAGAUGGGUACCACGCUGGUAUAUAUCUUGGGUUGGUGAAAAAGUUCCAUUGAAAAAUGCUGAAUGGCUUGUAUUUACGAGUCCAUACAAUGAAAUUGAAAUUAUUAGACCUUUUCGUGAAUUGUAUGGUGGAACACUCGGUAGCAUUUUUUCCUACGAUCAAGUCAAGCAAGAAAUACUUCAAUAUAGCAUCAACAACAUUGACGAAGCCCGGAAUAUACUUGAUAUGGAUCAAAAAGUUAAUCAGUUAAUGCUACUGGAAUAUCGAUAUAUCCGUCUGGCAUUCCAUCCUAUAUUACACAAGUUUCUUAUUGUCGGCUUCUGGAAGGAUCAAUCAUGGAAUAGUUCCAAGAACUUCAAGUUAGGAUUGUCCUCUGAAAAAUAUCUCUCUCGAUUAGCCGUAUUUGGCCCCAAUUUGAUUAAUAUUCGUGAAAAACCAACGUCGAAAUUACUCACAGAUGAAGUUUUGAAUCCAUUUUAUGUGUUCCAAAUUGGUAGUAUUUUGCUUUGGUGUAUGGAUGAUUAUUAUUACUAUGCGUUCUGUAUCUUUAUUAUCAGUGCCUUUAGCAUUAUUUCAACAUUAAUCGAAACAAAAGAGACAAUGAAAAGAAUGAAAGACAUGUCAUUUUUUGAAUGUUCAGUGAGAGUGUUUCGUAACGGAUCAUGGCGAAACGUUAGUUCAGUUGAAUUAGUUCCUGGUGAUCUAAUUGAUAUUGCCAAUGUGCACACGGUUCCGUGUGAUGCUAUGCUUGUAUCAGGAGACUGCAUAUUGAACGAAUCUAUGCUGACAGGAGAGUCUGUUCCUGUAUCCAAGGCACCUAUUAAUGAUUUAACACUUCGCAAAAUGAACUUAUCAUCGUCAGGUAUACCAGCAGAGAUUUCCAAGCACUUUCUAUUCAUGGGUACCAAAAUGGUUCGAGUAAGAGGAGGAGAUAAUGUCUCGGCAGCCACUGCCAUUGUUGUUCGAACAGGUUUUAGCUCUGCUAAGGGUGCACUUGUUAGAAGUAUGUUGUUUCCCAAACCAAAUAGUUUUAAAUUCUAUAGAGACUCGUUCAGGUUCAUUGGUGUGCUAUCUGUCAUAGCAUUCGUUGGUUUCUUAAUAUCGUCAGUCAAUUUUAUUCGACUUGGAAUUGAUACCACAACCAUGAUACUUCGUGCCCUAGAUUUGAUUACUAUCGUCGUACCACCUGCAUUACCAGCAACCCUGUCAAUUGGCACAAGUUUUGCAAUCAGUCGAUUGAAAAAGUUGGGUAUAUUUUGUAUUUCACCACCACGAGUUAAUAUUGGAGGUAAAAUCGAUUGCAUGUGCUUUGACAAAACAGGCACCCUGACAGAAGAUGGUUUGGAUAUACAUGGUAUCCGUGCAGUGAUGACAACAGAGGACGGGAGAAAAUUAUUCGACCACGAAUGUAAAUCCGUUGCCAAUGUCGAUCCAUACAAUGAUGACAACCAAUCCACUCAAGCUCGGAUAUUGCGAACAAUGACUACAUGCCACUCCUUGAAAAUCGUGAGUGGAGAAUUAUUAGGUGAUCCUCUCGACCUUAAAAUGUUUGAGUUUACACGUUGGGAAUUGGAGGAGAGUGGGGGAGCGUCUUCGAAUGGCUUGAAGCCUAGAAGUGAAUUGGCUGCAUUGCAAGCUAAAAAGAGUGCCAAGGUUGGUAUUAUGCCUACUGUGGUAAGACCACCUGGAGUUCGACAGGACAUCAAUCUGCAAGAACAGCACCCGAUGAAAACGUCUGGAGCGCCACCUAUCGAAUUUGGAAUCAUUCACACAUUUGAAUUCGUGUCAUCCCUUAGAAGAAUGAGUGUAAUUGUUCGAAAAUUGGCUAGUCCGACAAUGGAAGUGUUUGUUAAAGGCGCGCCUGAGGUGAUGAAAGACAUAUGUACACCUGAAUCAAUGCCCGAGGAUUAUCAAGAAAGAUUAUACAAGUAUACACAUCGUGGAUAUCGUGUUAUUGCAUGUGCUUCUAGACAACUCGCAGGAGUCAAAUGGCAUAAACUUCACAAGUUGAAAAGAAAUGAAGUCGAGACGGGAUUGACAUUUUUGGGAUUUAUUGUUUUUGAAAACAAAUUAAAGCCUCGAACUGUAUCUGCAAUCACUACAUUACGUAAUGCAAACAUUAGACAAAUCAUGUGUACCGGCGAUAAUGUGCUUACAGCUGUUAGCGUGGCUAGAGAAUGUGGGUUGAUCGAUCAAUCGGCUGAAAUUUAUAUACCAAGAUUUCUGAAAGGGUCUUCUACAGAUCCUGAUUCUGAGUUAUGUUGGGAAAGUGUUAUGCAGGAAGGCGAUGAAUUAUCUACUGAUACAUUACAGCCCCGUAGUAUAAUAAACAAUAAUGGUAACUAUGCACCUUAUGGUCUUCAAGAAUAUCACCUUGCUAUAACAGGAGAAGCAUUCCGCUGGAUGGUGGAUCACGCCCCCAUCGAAUCACUUCGACGUAUGCUCGUCAAAGGUGCCAUCUACGCCCGAAUGUCGCCUGAUGAAAAGCAAGAACUUGUGGUCGAACUUCAAGGUAUUGGUUACUGUGUCGGAUUUUGUGGUGAUGGUGCAAAUGAUUGUGGUGCAUUGAAAGCAGGAGAUAUUGGUAUUUCUCUUUCUGAGGCAGAGGCUUCUGUUGCUGCUCCAUUCACAAGUAAUACAAUGGAUAUUGAAUGUGUAAUUGAUGUGAUAAAGGAGGGUAGAGCUGCGUUAGUGACAAGUUUUAGUUGCUUUAAAUACAUGGCACUUUACAGUCUAAUCCAAUUUACUUCUGUCACCUUAUUGUAUGCAUUUGGCAGUAACUUGGGGGAUUUCCAAUUCUUAUAUAUCGAUUUAUUCUUGAUCUUACCCAUCGCCGUAUACAUGGGGCAUACUGAGGCUUGGCCACAGUUAUAUAGAAAGAGACCUACAGCAAGCUUGGUGUCUAAAAAAGUGUUGACAUCUCUGAUUGGACAGAUUAUAAUCAAUUCAAGCUUUCAAUUAAUUUCUUAUUGGGCUGUGCAUCAACAAUCAUGGUACAAAGCACCUACCUUUGAUCCAGAUGGAGAAAAUAUCAUGUGUCUAGAAAACACUGUACUGUUUCUCAUUUCUAGUUACCAGUACAUGCUUAUUGCUGUGGUGUUUAGUGUAGGACCUCCUUACCGUAAACCAUUAUGGACAAACGGCCGACUUGUUUUGACACUUUCUAUGUUGAUUGGGCUCACGACAUGGUGUGUUUUAGCGCCGCCACAAUUUGUAUCUGAGCUUUUGGAAUUGGAGAACUUACCAAUGGGCUUCAGAUGGUUUAUACUGAUGUUAGCGGCCAUGAAUUUGGCGGUUAGUUUAUUGUGUGAAAAGUAUGUGUUUAAUCACGUUUCGGAUAUGAUUUCUGUCAUUUUGAAUAAGUACAGAUCCAGAAAAGGCAAUUACAAUUUAGUUAGCGAUUCAAGUAAAUUACACGGAAAAACAUAUAGAAGAGUAAUGGACGAAAUGGGUAUUUCAUAAACAAUAAUAAUAAAAAUUAUACAUAUUUGUGUACAAAGGGGUUGAAAUAAUAAAAAAAAAAAAAAAGGUGACGCAAAUGAGGAGUAGAAAAAUAACGCGAAAAAAAAGCUUAAAUAGAGA